GACAUGGCACGGCGCGCCGGCUCGCGGGUCGCCGCGCGGCAGUCGUCGCGCCGCCACCGCCGCCGCCGCGUGCUACGAGCUACGAGGUGCUACGCCGUAGCUACGUAGCGACACUAGAAAUGUCCGCGAACUGUGAACCGCCGCGUGAUACUUUAUUCGCGAUAGUUAGUGUUAUAUGUUAUUUGUUCAAGUGGAAAUAAAUUUUAUUUGAAACCCGCCCGCGGCCCGAUGUCGCGAGUGGCCGCCGUGCUGCUGCUGGUGCUGGCGGGCGCCGCGCCCUCGCCCCCCGCGCCCCCCGCGCCCCCCGAGCCGCCCGACCCCGCCGCCGUCGCGCCGCCGCCGCCCCGCUGUCGCCUCGCUCCUCUGUGUCUUUGUCCCAAAGACCACUUCAUCUGCAACGACGUGCCCUUUCACAUCUUCCCAGAGUCAGCGGCGGUGGGCGGCGCGCGGCACGUGUCGCUGGCGGGCGCGGCGCUGGGCGCGCUGCGCGAGGGCGCGCUGGCCGCCCCGCUGCGCACGCUGCUGCUGCACGCCUGCCGCCUGCACGCGCUCGACCCGCGCGCGCUGCUCUCGAUGUCGGAGUCGCUGGCGUCGCUGGACCUCGGCUACAACGAGCUGUCGACACUGCCGCUGGACGCCCUGCGCCCACUGCGCGCGCUCAACUGGCUCAACCUGCAGAACAACCACAUCGGCGAGCUGCCGGUGGACGCGGAGUGGGGUGCGCUCGGGGACUCGCUGACGUCACUGUCGCUCAGCAACAACGAGCUGGCGGUGCUGCACGGCGGCGCGCUGGCGGGGCUGCGGCGUCUCGCGCGCCUCGAGCUGGAGGGCAACCGCCUGCGCGCGCUGCAGCCGGGCGCGCUGCCACCCAGCCUCACUGCGCUGCUGCUGGCCGGCAACCUGCUGCCCGGCGCGCCGCCCGACCCGCUGCCGCGCCUGCAGCUGCUGCAGCUGCGGGACAACAUGCUGCACGCGCCACGCGCGCCGCCGCCCGCGCCGCUGCCGCGCCUGCACACGCUGGACCUCAGCUACAACCAGCUGUCAGCGGCGGCGCUGGAGCAGCUGCUGCAGACGGCGCACGCGCGGCGCCUCGUGCUGGACCUCAACGAGCUGCAGGAGCUGCCGGCGCGCGUGUUCCGGCCGCCGCUGGAGCGCCUGUCCGCGGCGCACAACCGCCUGCGCGCGCUGCCCGCGGCCGGCCUGCUGCGUGCGCGUCGUGAGCUGCAGCAGCUGGAGCUGGACCACAACCUGCUGGCCGCGCUGCCGCCCGAGCUGCGCGAGCUGGAGCACUGCCGGCACCUGUCCGUGGCCUACAACCAGCUGACGGAGCUGGGCGCGCUGCCCCCGCACCUGCAGUCGCUGGGCGCCGCCGGCAAUCUGCUGGCGCGCUGGCCGGCGGCGCUGGCGGGGCUGGAGCCGGGCUCGCUGCGCCGGCUGGACCUCGGCUACAACCGCCUGGCCGAGCUGCUGCCGGAGUACUGGGGGCCGUGGAGCACCGCCCUGGACACGCUGGACCUGCGCGGGAACCGCCUGGCCGCGCUGGCCGCCGGCGCGCUGCCGGACACGCUGCCGCUGCGAGAGCUGCUGCUCGGGUUCAACGACCUGUACCUGGUGGACGCGGGCGCGCUGCCCUCUGCGCUGCGCGUGCUGGAGCUGUCGUCGGCGCUGCUGGGCGGCGCGCUGCCCGCCGGCGCCGCGCUGGCCGCGCUGCAGGGGCUGGCGCUGGACAACAACAACGUUCACCACGUGACGGGGCGUGACUUGGCCGCGUUUGCGUCACUCGAGUUCCUCAACCUCGACUUCAACAAGAUCGUGCGGUUCCCGAGCGAGUGGUCGGCGGGCGGCGCGGCGGUCCCGCGGCUGCGCGAGCUGCGCCUCGCCUACAACUACGUGAGCCACGUGGAGCCCGCCUUCCUGCGCCAGCUGCCCGCGCUGCGGCGCCUGGACCUGGCGCACAACCACCUGCGCGCGCUGGCGGGCGGCGCGCUGGCCGGCCUGCCCGCGCUGCAGCACGCGCGGCUGUGCGGCAACCAGCUGGCGAGCCUGGCGCCCGCCGCGCUGCGGGACUUGCCGCGCUUGCAGCUGCUCGAGCUGCAGGAGAACCGGCUGCAGGAGCUGUCGGCCGCCAGCCUGCAGGGCGUCGGUGACGUCGCUUCCGGGCUGGUACUUAACGUGAGCCACAACCUGCUGAGCGCGCUGCGUGGGGGCGGGGGCGCGCUGCCCGUGCACGUGCUGGACCUCAGCCACAACCGUCUGGAGGAGACCAGCGAGGAGUUCUUCUCCAGCGUGGCGGCGAGCGUGCGGCGCGUGGACCUGGCGCACAACCAGCUGCGGCGGCUCGAGCACGCGGCGCUGGGCGCGCUGCCGCGGCUGGAGGUGCUGCUGCUGCGACACAACAACAUCAGUGUGAUGCGGCGCCGCGCGCUGCUGGCGCUGCCCGCGCUGGCCGAGCUGGACGUGGCACACAACCAGCUGCGCGCACUGCCGCCCGCGCUGCUCAGCGGCUCCACACAGCUGCGGAGGCUGCUGCUCAACAAUAACAUGCUACGCUCGCUGCCGCGGGACGCCCUGGCCGGCGCGCCCGUGGAGCACCUGGACCUGAGCGACAACCUGCUGGCGGUGUUCCCGGGCGGCGCACUGGGCGGCGCGGGCGCCUCGCUGCGGCGGCUGGAGCUGGGCGGCAACCGCCUCGAGCACCUGGACGCUGCCAUGUUCGGCGAGCUGUCGGCGCUGCGGGAGCUGGGCCUCGCGCGCAACGCGCUGUCCGUGCUGCCCGACAACACGUUCGCCUCGCUGGCCCGCCUGCGCCGCCUCGACCUCGCGCAUAACGCACUCAAGACCAACUUUAAGGAGUUAUUCCACAAUUUGCCGGAGCUGCGGCACCUGGUAUUGGCGGGAUGUGGGCUGCGCACGCUGCCGCGCCUGCCGCUCGAGCAGCUCACGCACCUGGAGCUGGCGGACAACCGCGUGGCGGCGUGGCGCGAGGCGGACGCGCGCCCGCUGGCGGCGCUGCGCGUGCUGGGGCUGGCGCGCAACGAGCUGGGCGCCCUGCGCGCCGCCAUGUGGGCCCCGCUGGCGCGCCUCGUGCAACUGGACCUGGGGGGCAACCCACUGGGCGCGCUCGGGGCCGCCGACCUGCAGCCGCUGGACAAGCUGCAGCGCCUGCGCCUGGCGCACCUGCGGCAGCUGGACGCGGUGAGCCCGCUCGUGCUGGCGCCGCUGCUGGCGCUGCGCUCGCUGGAGCUGGACGUGCCGGCGGGCGGCGCGCUGCCGGGCGUGCUGCUGGCCGCGGCGCCGCACGUGGAGGCGCUGACGCUGUGGAUGCGCGACGAGGAGCUGGCGGGGCAGCUGGCGGGGCUGCGCGCGCCCAAGCUGCGCGUGCUGGAGGUGCGCGGCGCGGCGCUGCAGCGCGUGGCGGCGGGCGCGCUGGCGGCGCUGGGCGGGCAGCGCGCGCUGGCGCUGCGGCUGGCAGGCACGCGCGUGGCGGCGCUGCCGGCGGGGCUGGCGCGCCCGCUGCUGGCCGUGCCGCACCUGGCGCUGGACCUCAGCGACAACGCGCUGGUGGACCUGGCGCCCGCCGCGCUCUACGACAACCUCACCGACUGGAACCGCCGCGCCACCAACCUGCUGCCCGGUGGGCUGGUGGUGUCGGGCAACGCGCUGCGCUGCGGCUGCGCAGUGGCGUGGCUGGGCGGCUGGCUGCGGCGCUGGGCGGCGGAGGCGGGCGCGGCACGGGGCGCGGGUGGCGCGGCGGUGGCGGGCUGGUGCUGGCGGGGGGCGCAGCGCGUGCCGCUGCUGGAGCUGCAGGCGGACGCCGCCGAGUGCGCCGCCAGCGCGCUGUCGAGCCGCGCGCCCCAACGCCUCCCCCCGCCCCGGGCCGCCCAGCUGCUGCUGACGCUGCUGUUGCACCGCGCUCUCAGAUAGUGAUGACAUUUGUGACUAGCGAAUAGUGAACAGUGAACAGUGAUUUACUUUAUGAGUGAUUCGUGUCGGCAGCAUUUUAAAUAAGCCUUUUAAACAAAGACUUUUUAGAUCGAGUUCGGUGAGGGGUCCCGUCGACAAAACCUGUUUCAAACGAUUUACUUAAUAAUUAUUAUUAUUGAUUUCUAUCUACAGGCAUAGAAUAAUGAUACUACUGUACUUGCUACAGGUUUGUAACAAUAGCUUAAUUAGCCGCCCAAGGAAGCGAACGUACUGACAAAUACAGGAAAUUAUUCGUGUAAGCGAAUUUCGGCAUAGUUUUACAUCCUAUUUUUGCUUCCUUGGUCGGCCUAAUUUACUUCUAUGACAGUAUCAUAUUUUAUCUUUUUUGUGCCAAAGGUGUAUCUGACAGUGACACUGUAUGUUUUUUAAGUGCAAGUUGUAAAGUUUCAAUUAUUAUUGCCGGGGCCCUGAUUUAUGAACUUAGUUCUUAUGUACUUCGUUAAACUUUACAAAAUUACCCCCCCGUAUUCAUAAAAUUAACAAAUUAAUGGUGAAGCCUUCUUGUUUCGACUCUUUAUAAUCGGAAAGACUAGCGGUCUUAUUCAUAAAAAAACCUUAAAGUAGGUUUACUGAGCUCAAUAGUUACGGAACACA